AUGACUUCUGUAUAUGAUUGUCGUGUGGAAACUACUUUCGUGGAUAUCAAUGUGGGUGCAGGAAUACAAUUGGUUUCUAAUGAAGCUGAAGCUGGACAACGAAAAGCGAGAUGGUUUGACUAUUACUCUUCACUAUACAACUAUUAUCAUGUUGUUGGUUGUCGAUGGUAUGUGAUGAUUGAAAAUCUAUCUGGUGAACCUUUUUGGGUAUAUCAAAUGUAUUUCAAUGAUGAUUUACCGAAUCCUGGUGCUACAAAUGAAGACAUGCAAUUAUGGCCUGGGGUUAAAUACAAGUAUUGUGACAGAAGGUUUUUAGCAAUUACAACUGCUGGUCAAGUGGAGCAAGGUGAAGGUGGUGUAAAUGAACAACUGGAUGAAGCCAUGACGCCUCAACCAUUAGAUAUUUUUGAGACAACGAAUCAUGUUACUGGAAAUGUUGGGUCUGGUAAAGUUACUUUUCAAGACGAAUAUCGUCCUGGUGAUUUUAAGCGUGAAAUAAGAUUGGACUCCCAAGUAGAAAACUGGACUACAGUUGCUACGAAUCCAGCACUACCUGAAAAACUAUUAAUUCGUAUCAAGCCAACAAAUGAGAGAACUCAAACGAACAGUGUCUUAAAUGCAGGUGACACAUUACGAUACAAAAUUGUGGCAAAAUUGAACUAUCUAGUGGAAUUCAAGGAGUUGAAGACAGAACUACGUUAUCCUGUUGUUAGACAGCCACUUACAAUUACGCUCAAUUCUAACAUAGCAGCAGCGGAUCACUAA